UCCCCUUCUCUCUCUCUCUCUCUCUCUCUCUCUCUCUCUGCUCAUCUCCCAUGUCUCUCUUACGCAGCCGUGUCAAAGGUUCGUCACCCCCGGCCGCCGCCUCCAUCUGCCAGGAGGGCAUAGACGACGAGGAGGAUAUUUUGCCGGCGGCGGUGUGUCUUACGGAGGAGGAGCUGCAGGUGGCCCGCAUACUCUGCAGGCUCCCCGAGACCAUCCUCUACUUCGAUCUCCGCCUCCGUCGCAUCACUUCGCCUUCCCUGCCCGACUACCUCCGGUGGGGUACCAGACGGCGCCGCUCGAUCUCGGACGACCCACCCCCUCCUCUCCCCCCAUCUCCUGCUCCUCCUCCGCCUCCACCGGGAGAAGAGAAAGAGGAAGGCGAUGGCUGCGAGGUCCCGACCUCCUCGUCCGCCUUCGCCGUCGAAGCCACGACAUCCAGCCCGGCGACGCCGCUUUCGUUCCCCGGGAGCGGCGGCGAGGACGACGACGGCAGACCGAGUUCGGCAGCGCCGUCGCCUCCACCCAAGCAGCGGUUCAAGAACCCCAAGCGGCACAAGGAGUGGGUGGAGGAACAGCGCCAAAAGAUCGCCACGCUAACAGACGACAAAGCUUAUCUUAAAAGGGUGAUAGAUGAGUAUAGAAGUCGAAUCGAGAUGCUGAGAGCCAACAACUCCGUGCUUCGAGAGGCAAAGGCAGCUGCCGUCGAUUAUAGUCGAACGCCAAAUCAUCACCAGAACCAUCGAGUCAUACCCGAUCUGAAUGCGUUGCCUGAGGAGGCAGUGGAGGAGGAGGGCCCUGCGGUCGCGGCGGCGGCGGCGGCGACGUCGGGAUGGCAAGAUCAGAAGCAGCAGCAGCAGCGGAGCGUGGACUACAAGGUGGCGUCGAUGGAGGCGAGGAAGAGGAGGCGGGAGAUACAGAGGGAGAAGAGGAGCUGUUCGCCUUGGAUGCACGCGAGCAAGGCACUCCGGCUGAGGUGAGAGAUGCAAUGAGUAGCAGUAACUGCUGCUCCUCUUCCAUUUGUUUUUGCUUUGGGAGGCGGCGGCCGGUGAUGUAGGGGAAGGUGUAGCGGCAAUUGUAAGAUACGCGGCUCCAAUUCCCUUUUUUAUUUAAUUUUCUUUUCGUUAAUGGAUAAUUCACUUGGAUGGUUUAGAUGAAGAGUUUUAUAUUGUGUA